AUGGCAGCUGGCUUGUCUAAUAUACCAGCGGCCUUUGUCUUCACGACAGGGGUUGCCGCAUUACCUGUCCCCUCAUUAAUUGAAAAGAGCGUGUCUACCAACCGUUCGCGGGAAUGCAUGACGACCAUUGUGGAUCAGGUUCUGGCUUCAAUACUGGCCCACAGCCCAGACAGAUUGCCGCUCGCAUCAGUCUAUUAUGCAACCGAAAGCUCUGACCCAUCAGCACUCGGUAUGAUGACCCUUUGGCGUACCAUUACAAGCGCCGGUUCCCCUAGCCUGCUCGCGGUUGAUACGACAUCCGGCUCAGCGUACUUUGCGCUGGAUAUUAGCCAAGGAUUAGUCGAGAAUCAAAUCACUCAGCUCGGGCUAUACGUGACCCACUCUCAUGGGGUCCACGGAUUCUCUUUCUCGGCUGAGGAGCUGCCAGACAUCUAUGAGAGAUGGAUCGCAACAACAUUCAACCCAAACGGCACAUUAUCGGUUACCAUCGCGGAUGACUGCCAAUUCACCGAAGAGGGCUGGCGCAUGAUUGAACCGGGUCCAGAAAGGAAUGGUUCGACGACUCCGCGUUGGAGUUGUGGAAUCUUCGUUACCGGGGCUAUCACUCCUGGGAAGGUUUACUCCUAUGGCGAUAUCUUAGCCUUUAUUCCGGACGAUAUGCAAGACGCACAGGAAGGGCAAGACAAAUGGCUAGCAAAGACACUAGCUUCUGGCGAUCUGUCGCUGUUGUCCCCGACUGCAGCUACCGGUGAAACGUACAAAAACGCUUUUGAUAAAUGUUUACCACUGCCUGCACGUAUUUUGGGUCCUCCCAAAUAA